CAUUGUUGUAGGCAUCAAGUGAAACUCAAAAAGAAGCUGUAUGCAGCUACAGUGAUGUUGGCUUGGUUUUGUUCUGUUUUCAGCCUCACUCCUACUUCGCUCGCCUUUUAUCGUUCACUAGAAAAUACUAACUGUUGAUAGAUAAAAGUAAGGAGUUGUAACUAACAAAUACACCAGUUAGAAGUGUUGGUACUCUACCUACUAAGAUAAAGAUUGGGUAACCACGCUGCGUAAGUUGACCUCCAUCUUCACUAUACUUUUCUAUUAUUUCAUUCGGAAAGAUUGGGAUUUAUUUUGCCUCAUCUUUCCCGUAGGUUUCAUAGUAGAAGAAGUAAAGAAUGAAGCGCGUGAUGCAGCCCACAGUGAACUUGACGGAAAAGGAGCGGCUCAUUUUCCGAGUCUUCCUGGACACGUGUAAGCAUUAUGAUCUAAAGACGACUCUUCGUGCCGCAGGAGGGUGGGUCCGCGACAAACUUCUGGGUAUUGCCUCCGAUGAUAUCGACAUUGCGGUCGAUCAGGGGACGGGAGAAGAAUUCGCGGACCACGUGGAAAAAUACUCCAAAUUCAUACAAACGCUAGACGCGAACGCUGCACCGUCAUACGCGUCGAAACUGAAGGUACUGAAGAAAUGACGUUCGGUUUGAUUGGCAAUCUUUAUCUCGUUUCGUUCCUGAAGUGAAAUUUAGCCAAAUAUCUACACACCAUGACCAUAAACCAUUUCAAUCUACACAUAAACAAUCAAAAUUCAUCUUCAAUAAACAGAUUUCUUCAGUCGGUACUGUCCGUAAGAAUCCAGAGCAGUCGAAACACCUUGCAACCGCUUGUUUUCGUAUUUGCGGAGUCUCGAUUGAUGUGACGAACUUGAGAACAGAAGUUUAUGCCGAAGAAAGCGGACGAAUUCCGGUAGUACAAGUCGGUACUGCGGAUGAAGACGCUCACAGACGAGACCUCACCAUAAACUCGCUUUUUUACAAUCUCCAGGAAGCCUCCGUCGAGGAUUUGACAGGGAAAGGCAUUCAAGACUUACAAUAUGGAUUCAUCCGGACGCCACUGGAUCCAGAGGUAUUUUUCAUGGAAGUUCUGCAAGAAAAACACUCACUUUUAGUGAAAGCAGAAGCAGGGCAGUUUAUAAAGUCACUAACAUAAGCAGGCUAAGCUAGUAAAGGAAGAAAGUGUCGUCUUCAGUGGUUGCUUCCUCGGUUAUGUCAAUAAAAAAAAGUUUAUUACGGUAAGUUCGUUGAGCUCAAGUCUUGUGUUGUGAAGCGCGUGGUAGUGUAGUUAAGUUGUUCCGCUUGCGUAAAUAAAGCAAAAGGCUGUCCCGUCUCACCUAAGUACACUGCUUACUAAAGUCUUAGAUGUUUGGACGGUGAUAGUUGGGGUUCGUUGUCUAAAUCUCUCGCUUAGGGCUAGUUCGUGUUAAGUUGUAACUUUUCACAACAGACGUAACCGUGCCGCUUCUCCACUCCACUCUUUGCGUGAGAUCCAUCGUGUGUAUCAUCUAUGACGCCCUUGUGGCAGUCUGCACUGAACUUUGUGCGAGAUAAAUUGUAUUGUAUAAUUCAUGAUUUUGCUUACAGCUCUUGAGCUAGGAGGACUUACAACUACUUCGAUGAUCAUGAUACUUUUAGUUUUAUGUAUGGUUUUUUAAGACUUUGGGAGUGCCUGUGCCACGAGUACUAGUAGUUGCUGUUGUUUUACUAUGUAUAAUCAUCCUCCUACCACCAGGUGACUUUCUUAGACGAUCCUUUGCGGGUUCUACGCGUUGUGCGAUUCGCGUGUCGCUAUCAGUUUGACAUGGACCCGGAGAUCCUUCGCGCGUGCCGCUUACCCCACGUCCAACAAGCACUCGCCUGCCGAAAGGUGUCGGCUGAGCGACUAGGUAUCGAAAUUGAGAAGGUGAUGAAGCAUGCGCGGUCACCAGCUCGUGCGAUUCAUUACUUUGCGACCACUGGCAUGCUGGAGCCUGUUUUCCUGGCAAAGCAAAUCGUUCAAGUAGGGCAGUCCAAUGCUAGAGCUUCUGCUUCUUCAACGGGAAAAAGCGACUCACCUCCAAAUUCCGCGGACCACAUCAAUGGUAAAAAACAGCUAGAAGAUGCUGUUUUGGCCGCUUUUAGUGUUCCUCCAGCUACUGGCAACAAGGUUGUGCCGGCAAAUUUUGCCGCUCUGUGCGAAAGCAAGCGCAGUUUAUUUCCAUAUUCAUGGCAGCAGCUGGGUUACAAGACAGUGCAAAAGCUAGAGCAGAUCAUCAAGCGAAGGUGUACCAACUUCUCGAGUGCAGCAGGUGCAGGUCCAGCAGUUGCUCUCAGUCCAAUCGCAGGAGCUGCCGCCGGAGGUGCUGGUGCUGCAGUUUCUGAAACAGGCGCUUCCCGAACGAGUGGCUCGACAGAUGUCAUUUCUCCUGCUUCUGCUACUAAAAGUGGUCUUGGAAACGGACAUCAAAUUCAAAGCUCGAGGACUGUACCUAACAACUACAGCACACCUCCAAGUGGCGAUUUGCUUGCCUCCAUUCGUUUUGCGGCCCUACUCGUCGCUUUCGGCAACGUCAAGGCUCCAGAGGGCAAGAAAGAAGUAGACGCAAUAUACGCGAUAUUGUGGAAGAAUCUAGUCACCAAAAAAGCCACCAGCGAAUUGGCAGCGGCACUUGCACGGACAGCUCUGACAGUGUUCUUUCCAGAGAUACGAAAAUUGGAGGGAGGACUAGGACAAGAAGAUGAUUCCCCUUCGGCUGCCGGACCAGCUCCUUCCGCGACCGCCACAUUGUCAUUGGAUGCUGAAACGGCGGUCAAGUUGGGCACGGCCCUCCGCGAAAGAAAGGAAAACUGGAGGUGGGCGCUCUUUCUCGCAGAAGCAUUGCAUUGCGCACUAAACGAAAUAGACGGUACAACAGCUGCAAGGGAGGUUGCGAGUGGAACAAAGGCCGAUGAGGCAACUCUAGCAAACCUCGUCCUAGACGAGGAUUCUCUUUUCGCCGCACCUGAGCCUGAUCGCUUGAUACCGAGUACAGCAACAAAUUCAGCCAUUGCUAGUGCGACUGAUCGCUUGAUAGAGAGUGUGGAGAGUCAUGGUUUAGAAAAUUGCUGGACGUGGACGCCGACGUUCCAAGGGGACACGCUGCAGAAGAGAUUUGGCGUCAAGCGUGGUCCGAUGCUGGCGCAGUAUAUUCGCAAGCAGCUGGAAUGGCGCAUGGAAGACUCAAAGAUUUCAGAGGACGUUAUGGCUGAGAAACUCCAGACCGAAAUCGCACAGCAGCCGACUGAGGAGGAAGACAGAAGUCGGAAUCAAAGUGCAGGAGCGCUAAAUAAGGGUAAGAAAUCCAUGAAGACGGAAAAAAAAGCAGGAGCGGGAGGAAGUAGUGGUAAUUUUAGGGAUGUUGAGCUUGAGAAGAAGCCAGAUCGAGCUUGUUGCGGUUGAAAAGACUUGUACAAGUGAACAUUUCGUCUCCCAAAGCAGUGAUCACACCACGACCCACACCUAAAGACUUUUAACGUACACCGAAAGACUGUACCCAUGAGCUUCACCGAGCAUCAUGAUGUUUGACACAAGUUAGCUUGUUAUCUUAUAAUACAACUUGUGAGCCUCGUGAACCCGAACGCGAACCCCAUCGUGCGCCAGCGCAACUCAUUCAUACUUCUUCUAUCCAAACUUCCAAGAAAAGUACUGUUCAGCAUCAGAUCUUCUGGUUGGAAGUCAUUGUCGCUCAAGUUUAAGACGCGUAUUGUUUGACUUCAUUGUCCCAUGCGACAUGACUAUUGUUUACCAACACUAUGAUCAUUGUGAACCUGAAAUUCCUAUCUACUGAGGAAUGAUGUGUGAAACACUCUCGAU